AUGUGCCUUCCUUCCCCGCAACCGAAAAAGGUAGCUGCUCAAGCAAGCGCCAUCGGCGAUGAUGCAGAGAUGGGGUUUUAUCGAUGGGGAGAUUGCAUGUUCUGCGUAACUAGGUUUGUAAGGAAGAAGACGACGAGAAGAGCGACGGAGGUUUUUGGGGCCAUGAAUCUGUUCGCCGACGGAGAUUUUGUGUCGACUCCUGUUCGAAUCGAAUCCGAAGCCCACAACUCAACUUCUCUCGCCACUUCUGUUCAUUCCCGUCGAUGGGUAGAUAAGUGGUUGGUGGAUUUUGGGUCAAUUUCCGUCGCCGGUUUCUGGGUUACUCGCCAACCCCGCCGCAUCUCGAUGAAAACGAAUAUGGUCCUAGAUACUGCGAUUGCGCUGAUGGAAGAAGAAGCAAUGGAAGAUGGAACCUAG